AUGAGUAGGACACCUCCACCGUACCCGCUGGGCCUAACCCUCGGCGAGUAUCACGAGCGAACGCAGCAGUUGCCUGCCACAGCUGGUGGGCACAAUCAGACAAAUAGCAACACUGCUAGUAGAAACACCAUUUUUCCACAAAGAAUCACGGGGCGCCUGCGCCUUCCUCCACCACUUCCUCCUGUAAAGGGAACCGCCCCGCUGUCUCCGCAUAAGGGAGUGGGGGUUGUGCCUGCGCCUAGUUACCCUCCGCUGGGACACCUUACGCCGUUGCCACAAAACCUGGGAGGGGUUGAAGCGCCGGUCUCAGAGCGGCAAUCGCCACCGCCACGGAAACCGGAUAAGCCGUUUGCACCGCCUUCAGGCGAAUUACCGGAUGUGAAUGAGGGUGGAAAUGAUCAUAAUACCGCAGGGAGUAUUCAAAGCUCCCGUGCAGACGUGAACCCGCUGUCGCCACCACAAGAGGAGGAGGAACAGCAGCAGCAACAACAACAGCAAAAGCAACACACACUGUUAAAGGGGUCAACGGAUACUGCAGGAGCGUCAUCAACGAGGUCGCGUAUGCCGAUGAUGCAGUCUGCGAUUCAACAUGAGGCACGAACACAUAGCGCAGUUUCUGGUGAAGAGACAGUAGAAGUGUUGUGUCCAUUGCAAACACAAACGCGCCCAGAUGAACGUUUUUUUGUAGAGUUUAAUCCAAAUAAAAUUGGGGACAAUAGAGAUAAUGGUGUGGAGGUGGAUGAAGACGUGCUACUCUUUGACCGGCUUGCGGAGUAUACCAACGAUGAUUCUUUCUUUUCAUCGAGUUCCUUUGUACUGAAUCAGGACCCACGCCGGAUGCAAAAAGAUGUUUUUCGGGAGCGUGCGGUGCGUUCUGUUUUUGAUACACUCAGCUUGCGCGCGCUCACGCAUGGACGGACACCGCAAGAAUUGGAGGACAGAGAUCGAGGGGAUGCGAAUUGGAUGUAUCAGAUUCACAAGCAGGCCGUGGCACUACAUCACUCUUCAUUUUUUGUAUUUCCUCCAGGCAUGAAGGCACGUGUGGUGGCGUAUAAUGUGAUGCAUCAUUGGCUUAUGGAGUUUUUUAUUGUACUUCUCAUACUCGGAUACUCCAUUUUUACCGCCUCUUGGGCACGCUACACGGUACUGGAGUCAGAUAAACCUGACUUUAUGGUUUUUGCCGACGUCUUUUACACUGUUAUUUACGGUAUUGAGAUUUUAGUGCGAAUGUUCGCCUCCGGAUUUGUUCUUCACCCGCGUGCGUACUUCCGUUCUCCAUGGCACUGGCUUGACACGGCGGUUUUUGUGCUGAUGGUGAUGAACUGUACCUAUUGGAGAUCUCUCUGGAACUUUACCGCGUUUCGUCUUAUUCGAAUCAUCAAGGCAUGUACGUAUCUUCCCUUCCCAACUCGGAUAAAACUGCUCGCCAAGUCUGUUCUGCGUUCUACAUGUAAACUGUUUCAGGUCUCCGUGAUUCUUGUAUAUGCGCUAUUUUUCUUUGCAUUGAUGGGGUUGCAGUUGUUCCAUGGAAGCCUGCACCACCGAUGCGUCAACACCCUUACAGGGGCUGCAACGUCGCAGCUUUGCCAGCCGGCGGCGACGGGACAGUACUGGUUUUAUUGGGGCCAUGUAUGUGAGAAGGGAUACCGUUGCGUGGCAGACGCGUUUCCAAACCCGCAUUACGACUUCCGCAGUUUUGAUGACGUGGGGCAUGCACUGCUGUCAACGUUUCAAAUCAUGACGUUUCAGGGAUGGACCAGUCUUCUGCUGGAGACAAACGAUGCGGUGAAUACCCUGGCAAUAUUGUACUACGUCUUUACCAUCCUGUUUUGUGCAUGGUUUAUUCCUGGCCUUUACAUUGGUGUCUUUAUUGAAAAGAUUGAGAAGACGAAUCGUCUUUUUGUGCAAAAGCAACUGCAGCUGUUCGACGCCAUGUUACUGGAGCAGCGGCAACGUAUGACGAAGGCCAUUAAGCUACACGACUUUGUUGAGCGUGACGACAGCGGGAGGGUGCGACGUGGGAUGCCUGAGGAAGUUUCUGUGGAUUUAAACCAUCAGGCCCAAAGUGUACGCCCCCCUGGAAGCAUUAGAAACAACUUUGACACCGCGUCUGCGCCUUCCUCGAGCAUCGAACUAAAUGGGUCCGGCGCCUGUGGGGGCGGGUGUGGCAUCAAGAACCGCACCAAAUGGACGGACGAGCAACGGGUGCAGCUGCAUCUCUCGCUCACACGGCAGCGUGACCUUGUGGGGAAUGGCAACAAGAAACGACGUGUGAUGUUUAAGGCGGGUGAAAAAGACAUCAUUCACGCGAACGGAGGCGCUGAAACUGCCUCACCAUUUUCCGUCCAGACAACACGCCAGAUGGAGGGAGGCGACUUUGCACUUGGCGGACGCGUGGGGAUGGUGCAGCACCACCCUCUCACAUACACGAUUGGCGCGGCUCAUGGCAGCAAGUUGCCGCUGGCUAUUCGUCUAGAGAAUGAGCAGGAACGACUGCAGUUUCUAAGGUGCUACCAAAAUUCAGAGGUGAUAGACGAGACAACGCCUCAGAGUAGUGCACCCAGUGGGCCACGGGCUGUCGGCGGUGGCGCACACAACACUUCGAGCACGCCCAAUAAGCCUCACAUGUCUCCAUUGCGACGCGGUGGGGAUCACGUGGAAAGCAUGGGGAACGGUAUUAUUGCCACACGAGAGUCUGCUGGUGUCAUUCCCAAUCGUCGAUCUGUACAAGCGCGCAGCAGCGGCAACAGUGGUUCUCCAUCGCCUUACACAAGUGCCUUUUGUUCCGCCGCACAAACAUCGGCACCUGGAGCCUCGCGGCCACAAGAGUUGCUUAUCAAUGAUCCAGAGGGUGGUGACUUUCGCUACGCCACAACGUAUGGGCAACGGUGGGGCAUUGUGCGCAACAUCCUUCAUAUGUUUACCGAGGGUUACCCUCGCAUUCUUACACAAUACCUCUGGGAGCAUAAACGAAUGCAGCGUCGUUUUGGUCUUGUACCACUUAACUAUGUAAAUAAAUACGAGGAGGCUGCACUGCGUAAGUUACGUCAAAAAAGCGCGCGACGAGGCAAAUUGCUUCGUCAAAAUGAUCACCUUGACGAAAGCGGCAAGGAUGAUCAAAGUGAAAUAGAAGGGCAUACCGUUAAGACUCCAGACAACGAUGAUGAUGUUGAGAGCCUUUCACCUAUACGCAUGGCCAAAAGUAUCGUUGAGAAUGCACCCGUGACCGCAUUCAAUUGGGUCAUGCUUUUCCUCGUGUUUGUCAACGGUGUGUUUAAUGCAUCGCGUCACUAUGGGCAACCGAGUUACUGGGAUGACGGUCUCUUCAUUGCGGGUGUUUGUUUUACCUCAUUCUUUAUGCUUGAAUUAAUCAUUCGCAUUAUUGGCUUGGGACCUGGCCCUUUUCUAUGUGACUUUUUCAACGUGCUUUGCCUUGUCGUGACCGUCAUUGGCUUCUUCGAAUUGGGGUUUGGUCACUCCAACGUCGUCACCGUGCUGACCUGGGUACGCUUUUUACGGCUUCUCCGUAUUGCACCUUUUACCUCCAUGCGGCGAGUCACACGCGUGCUGCUGCUUGGGUCUCAAGACAUUGUCUACGCACUCGUCCUCUUUUCUGUAUACAUGUUCAUGUGGCUACUCAUUGGUAUGGCCUUUUUCGGGGGCCGGAUUCGUCAAUUCGACACUUACAACGGCAGCUACAACAGGGAUGUCUCCUUUGAUAUCUUUUCUAAUGCCGCGUUCACUGUGUCGCAGGCAUUUUCAUACGAUCGUGACGAGUGGCUGUACAUGUCGUGGAAUGGGAUGCGGGCCCGUGGGGGGUAUACAAUUAUGUAUUUCAUCGUUGUCGUUGGUGUGGCGUUUAUAUUUCGUUACUUGUUCAUUGCCGUCUUUGCGUGGGCGUGGCAGCAGGAGGAAGAGCGAGAGGAUUACUGCGCACCAUUCAGGACACGCAAAGGUGGCAAUCAAAACUGUGGAGGACCGCGCCUGCGUUGGUUUGACUUCACUGUGUGGCGAUCGUUUAAGCAUAUUCAUGGCGGCUUUGAACGGCGUGACGUGGCACCCGAUGAAGUGUUUCACUUAAACCAAGACAUGCGUCGGCAACUGCGUAUCGCUGAGGCCAAGGAACGCUUCUGUAGAGAAGCUGCUGCCCGACGUGGCUUCUCUACAGACCCUCAGCAGAUGUCUUCUAACAGUAUUAGCAUUACUGGAAACCUCGGGUCGUACGUGAUGGCAGACGCACACGCUCCACCGGUACUGGUGCCGCAGUUUGUCAACGUUGGUGGUCAGCUGCAGCGGCAAAUGAGUAUACCGAGCACAUUUGAAGAGCCACAACUACCCUCUCUCACUGCACCUAUUUCCAAGCUUCAGGCAGAAAACGCUCAAUUACGCUUCGCCCGACGUUACAGUGCCGCUUCUGCAGCGGCGUAUCAUCAGACGGAUUCUGACCAACUUUACGCUGCAAAUACGUUGCCUUUUAUACCGACUUCACCAGAAUUGGUAUUACAGAACGGCACUGGAUAUGCGGCCGAUAUGGCAGCAGGGCGUGAAGGCACUGUCCAGCCACAGGGAGGGCAAACGCCGGGCUUACACGCGGUGCGUGGUUCCAGUCCUGUACCCAAUGAUCGUCAUUCGAGUGUGACAGGGUAUUUCACUACAUUGGGCUAUGAAGCCCCUACAGGAACGAAAUAUGGGGGGGUGAUAGAAAAUCGAUCACCGCCCGACGAGCCUGAAGAGAGAGGAUAUCGUGGGAGUAUUCCCGUGGCGGGUGGUGGCAUUGUUUAUGAGCACAUCCUCCUUUCUGGUCCACGCCUGCGCUACAAGCACGUUAUGUUGGGACGGCGUUGCCGUGUAUUUGAACGCUGUCUGGACUGCAACACGCAUAAGCAGAUGCCGUUGCGAGCCCCACCAAACGUCCAACAACGUACAGCGGAUGAAUUGCAUGCCGAACAUUGUCAUAUGGCUGCCGUGCGAAGUUCACGUCAAUUGGUUUUGAAUGCGAUUAUAGGGUAUGCUCGUUUACAGAAGGAAUUAGGAGGACCCCCGACACGGGAGGCUGUAGAAACGGUGCUUGGGCAAGCCUGGAGCUGUGGGAUGCUACUCUUUGAUAGCAUUGAAUACCUUUCCUGUUCCGACAUUGAGGUCCGGGAAUACCGCACAUGGGAUCGGACACUGGAGUCUCUACAAUUACAGCAGUGGUUGAUCAGUCUACAUGUUGGAGAGGAGCAGGUGGGGCGUGCAACUCUUGCCUACAUCCUCGCCCACCAGAAAACGCAAGAGCGUGUUGCCACCCAUCGUUCUUUUCAUCGUUCGUGGCGUGACCGUUCAUUUUUCGUAUUUUCCUCCAGCAAUCCGGUACGUCGUUUUGUGACCACCAUUGUGGAAUCCAGUUGGUUUGAGUGGUUUAUCCUCGCCGUCAUAUUUGCUGCCUCCAUCUGUCUCUGCUUCUAUGACCCAAGGGUGAGCAACUACACCUCCGGGAAAUACGUGGCACUGCACGCUCUUGACGACAUAUUCGCCAUCAUCUUUGUGGUGGAAAUGUUGUUGAAAUGGAUCAGUAUGGGUGUUGUGCUCGACCUUCACGUGGCGUACUUUUGGCAUCGGUGGAAUAUGUUUGACUGUUUUAUAACCAUUGUCUCACUGCUUGCCUUUGCGCCGGCGUACUCACACUUCCGCUACCUCAAGGUAAUGCGAUGUUUCCGUAUUCUUGGGCCCUUACGGUACUGCAGCUUCAACAGGGAACUCUCCAAACUCGCCGUGACCAUGUGGAACUGCGUACCUACCUUGGCCAACGUUUUGCUGUUGUUCUUGUUGAACUACAUUGUGUGGUCCAUCCUCGCUGUGCGCCUAUUCAUGGGUCAAACACACAGCUGCACUUCACUAUCGUACCCUAACAAAACCUCAUGCAUUGCCGAGGGUGAAAGAUGGGUCGGGCCGCAGCGUAAUUUUGAUAACUUCUACGAAAGUCUACUGACCAUGUUUGAGGUGAGUACUGGAUCCCAGUGGCUGGACGUCAUCUACGAGGGUGUGGAUGGGUGGUCUAUGGAGUCACAACCCAUUGCCAAUCGUCACCCAUCCAAGGGUCUGUUUUUCAUUGCCUACUAUUACGUGUCGCAUUUUGUGCUCUUCUCACUUUUUGUUGCAUCGCUAAUUUACUGCUACCUGCUCACCAAAAACGCCGCGGAAGGUGUUACAAACAUCACAUUUGAGCAUCAACUUUGGCUGCGCAUGCAACGCAUGAUUCUACGCCUCAAACCUCGUGUGGCACUGCUGUCGUUGGGUAAUGCCUUUUCACGUUUUUUGCACCGAAUUGUGGUUCAUCCCUUAUUUGAACUUCUGAUGGCAUGUGUACUAUUUUGUAACCUCAUCACAAUGUCCCUCUACUGGUAUGGUAACAGCUUGAGACAAGAAAACGUCUUGGAUUCACUGCAGUAUGUAUGGGUCGCGCUCUUUACAGUGGAAAUACUCAUGAAACUUGCUGCUCAUGGCUUACGCGCCUUUUCGCGCUGGUCCUUCUCGUUUAACGUGUUUGUUACUUGUCUCUCGUACCUCCAAAUUGGGCUGAAUACUACAGCGGCCCACCAGGUGCCGUUCAACGUGAACGUACUUCGUCUGUUGCAUUUUGGGCGUAUGCUAAACCUUGUGGACUUUGUGCUGCCACUGCGACACCACCUUCACUUACUACAUGAGGCAUUGUUGCUCUCUGCCUCUUCGCUUGUAAAUGUCACACUGAUAUUGGCACUUGCCGUGUUUGUGUUUGCGGUGCUUGGCAUGCACUUUAUUGGUCCAGUGGUUCCUGUUCCUGGGGGACACAUUGACGGGACGUACAACAACUUUUUGACGUUUCCCAAUGCUCUUAUGAUGACGUUUCGUCUUGCCACGCUGGAGGACUGGGUUGCAAUGCUGCGCUCCAGCAUGGCCGAUGGAAAUCCCUGCCCACUACCUGAUUGCAAAACGACGAAUUGGGCACCUGUGUUUUACGUGCCCAUUGUCAUUUGCUUUGCGCUCAUGAUUGUGCAUCUGUACUUGGCUGUUGUCGUUGACCAUUACGUGGCAGUGGCACGUAUGAAGGCGAGUGUGACACGCAUGCGUGACCUACGAAGAUUUCGCGACCUGUGGUCAGCGCGUGACCCGAACGCGAAGCUCGUGCUGAGGACGAAGGAAUUGCCUGAGCUACUAGAGGCAUUACGGCCACCUCUCGGACUUGCCUCGCGCAGCAACCGUGUGGAGCUGAUGCGACUGCUGCGCGAGUACGAUAUCCCUGACCAUGGCGGCAAAGUUCACUACUACGAAGUUCUGCUGCCCCUGGCCCGUCGUGUCCUCGCAAUGGCGUUUAGUGAAGAUGAGAUAAACGACGGUGCUACCUUAGAAGCGGUAUGGCGACAUUCUGAGAGUUUCCUCCGCACUCUACCGACAGUGCUGGUGCACCACACCAAUGCCACCGCCGCGCAGCACUUUGCGGCAAGUUAUGUGCAGGCCGCCUACCGCCGUGACAAGGCAUGCCGGCUGAUGCAUCAAGUACGAGCGAAUCUUUGGCGCGAGGCUCGUGCCGUGUGUGAUGAGCAUGGUCUGCCGUACAAGGAGUAUGGCUUUGGUGGAAUUUCCCUGAAGGAUGAGGACCCGCAGAAGGAGGCUGCUCGUCGCGGUUUGUCAAUAGGCAGUCCAGAGGAAAAGAAGGGUGAGAAGGCGGCAGCCAACGUCACUGCAGCGGCUGCUGCCACUGCCGGCCGCUCUGCGUCUCCCGCGUGGACUAGCGAGGACAGUGUGAACAACCCACCGCAGGCUGCACGUCUUCCAGGGCUUUACCAACCUGCAAUUGACGAGAAGGAGAAGCGGUUUGGCCCGGAUGUGCCGAAUGCCGUCCGCCGCCACGAGACCCGUUCCGACAAACUUCGCAGGAAGGAGGAGGAACGUAAUCAACAGCACGAAUCGCCGGAGAGGCAGCCAUCCAUACCAACAGGCACUCGCCCGUCCGCGCAACGAAUGCAAAGUGGCGAUUACCAGCCCCCGCUUGGGACAGACCCGAGUGAAUGGUUGCAGUCUGAGUUAAACCUUCGCAUGAGCGGGACCGGCGUGAUGACAGCCUCUUCCACGAAUAUUGCUGGCGCGGGUGGCGGUGCCUCUUCACAGCAGGCGACGGCGCCUUCAUUGUAG